AUUACAUACUAUCUCCAUAUAGUCACCCAGAUUACAUACUAUCUCCAUUUAGUCUCCCAGAUUACAUACUAUCUCCAUAUAGUCACCCAGAUUACAUACUAUCUCCAUAUAGUCACCCAGAUUACAUACUAUCUCCAUAUAGUCACCCAGAUUACAUACUAUCUCCAUAUAGUCACCCAGAUUACAUACUAUCUCCAUUUAGUCACCCAGAUUACACACUAUCUCCGUUUAGUCUCCUAG